AUGCAAACACAAUGGCCAAAACUGAUCGGUAUAUAUUGGGGUAUGACGGCCGUGAUUCCAUUCGUCGACAAAAUGAAGGGUCUGGCGGUGGUCGUCGCCGUCAUGAGCCUGGCUCUUGCUCAGCCACCCAGGAUGCCCAAGGGUCUACCACCCGGAUUUAAAGAGGCCCUUCCUGCCGACGUCGUCCAGAAACUGGAGCAAAUCCAUGAAAAUACUUCUCUGACGCCUGAGCAACAAUUCGAUCAAAUCGACAAGAUAAUGUCCGCACUACCUGCCAGCGUCCUUGCCAAAUUACCACCCCCACCGUUCCUCAGUCAACUACCGGCGGACGCUCGAGCAAAAGUUGAAGCAGUUCAUCGUGAUACUACAUUAUCUUGGAAACAACGUCAUGAAAAGAUCCGUGCCAUUAUCGAAGCGUUGCCAGAAAACCUUCGCCCCCGCCCACCAGGCGGACCACACGGACCACCACCACCGGGAGGUAAGCAAAUUUUAGAAUCCGAAAAAACCUUCCUGAGAAAAAACAAAGCAUAUGCUUGA